CGCCUCCUGGGCUCCUCCGAGCAGGGGUGUGCCUGAGUCUCUUGCCCUGGGGUGAGAACAGAGCUGAGCCGAUUGCUGCCAGGUGGAGAGAGCCAGCCGUGCAAAGGAGGCAGAGGUGAACUACCCGCAGGUGCUCCUCAGACGGACUUGUGAGGACAGAUUGCGAAGCAUUCGCUCAGGACAGCGGGGUGACAAGUCUGCCUCCGGUUCUCUCAUUGUUAGAUCCUGAGACAACAGGAAAAUGACUUCCCAUGACCAAAAGGCAGUCACUCGCAGACCCAAGGUGGCUCCCACCAAGAGGAUGAGCAGGUUCCUGAAGCACUUCACAGUGGUCGGGGAUGACUACCACACGUGGAACGUCAACUACAAGAAGUGGGAGAAUGAGGAGGACGAGGAGGAGCCAGCGCCUACAUCAGCGGAGGCCGAGGGCGGCGCUGCGGGUACAGAUGCUGAGGCUGGCUCUGUCUCCACACCCAGGCCGUCCCUGGACUUCAGGACCAGGCUAAGGAAACUCUUCAGUUCCCACAGGUUUCAGGUCGUCAUCAUCUGCCUGGUGGUCCUGGACGCCCUCCUGGUGCUUGCUGAGCUCCUCCUGGAUUUGAAGAUCAUUGAGCCAGAUGAGCAAGACUACGCAGUCACGGCGUUCCACUACUUGAGCUUUGCUAUCCUGGUCUUCUUCAUGUUGGAGAUUUUCUUUAAAAUCUUUGUCUUCCGCUUGGAGUUCUUCCACCACAAGUUUGAGAUCCUGGACGCCAUCGUGGUGGUGGUGUCUUUCGUCCUUGACCUCGUCCUCCUGUUUAAAAACCACCACUUUGAAGCACUUGGUCUGCUGAUCCUGCUUCGGCUCUGGAGAGUGGCCCGGAUCAUCAAUGGCAUCAUCAUCUCUGUGAAGACGCGCUCGGAACGGCAGAUCCUGAGGUUAAAGCAGAUAAACAUCCAACUGGCCACGAAGAUCCAGCAUCUGGAAUUCAGCUGCUCCGAGAAGGAACAAGAGAUUGAGCGGCUCAACAAGCUGCUGAGACAGAACGGACUUCUCGGGGACGUGAACUAGCCUUCCAGAUGCCCCACCUAGAGGAGCUGGGCUGUGGCCAGACAACGUGUGGUGUGGAGUCCAGUCCCCAUCUCUGCCUUGGCUUGCACUCCGGGAUGCUGGGCACACAUCUUUACUGGUGCUGCUGCCUCCUCGGUGUCCACGCCAUACGCCUGCAGCAAAGGAAUCGUAACCUUUUCUCAAGCUGGACUCUACUGUCGCUCGGGAGUGAUCCAGGAAGCUGGGCUUGUAAAACCAGCUUAAUGCACAUCCUGAAAGGACCUGGAGCUGGCACCCUGUACCAGCACAUUCUGGAAAACCUUUCUCUACUAGAUGGUCCACAGCUUUUCCUGCUGCAUUCCCUAGGGAGCCAUCAUGGUACCCAGGCCCUCCUCUGCAGCAUCCAGCUGUGCCAUCAGCUUCACGCUGGCUCUGUACCCACCAGCAUUUCUCAGUUACUGUACAGUUAAUGUAUAAAGUCAGUGCUCUCCUUCCCCGAGGCUCGCCCACCACAUUUUCUCCUUGGUGGCAGCCACAGCAGCCCACCAGUUAUAUAGCCAGCUCAUGGCAGGGCCCCAAGACUGCCCUGUAAUUAGCAUGAUCUUGGGGUACAAUCCCCUUGUGGGCAUACAGUUUUACACAGCCUCUUGCUGCUUUGUACUUCUCAAAUGCUGAUGGGAUUCUGAAGACAACUCCCACUAGCCCAGGGACGGUACACCGAGGAGGCUCUCCAUGCAUUGCUACGUCAGGCUCUGUUCCCGCCCAUCGCCCAGAGAUGAUGUGGCCUUUGACCUGUAUGUGCAGGGUGCUGGACCAUCCUACCCAACACCGUAGCCCAGCAGAGUAAAGUUCCUGAGAGGGAAAAGGCAGUGGAGUGGGGCGGGGGGAGGAGGCAGCCAGGUUCCUGUCCUCCUGAGUCCAGGAUGGGUACUCACUUCUGCGAGGGCCACCUUGUCACACAAAUGGGAAGAAGAAGCUGAAGGGCAGCCUGGCAUUGAUGGUGGGUGGAGCGCGGAAGCCUGCCUCUGCAGGGGCUGACACAUCCACAAAUGUCACUGCAGUGGAGAUGACGACGGUCCUCUCAGGCCCUGGGAGGGGCUGUAAGGAAAAGACAGAGCCGACACCCUCAUCACCUCCCUCACUCAUCAGCCCUCAUGGUGGUCAGCCUCCCUAAGGCACGAACGUGGCUGAGGAGGAGCACUGUGCAGCUGAGCACUCUGCCACAGACUACGCUGGUCCAGCAGCGGCAACCAUGGUUCAGUGUUCACAGAACUGUGACUGCUGUCGCCUUUCUCUCUAAGUACAAGUUAAAGAAUGAUCAGGAAAUUAAGUUUUAAGACUCAAAAUCAAGUUAGGCAUGAUGGUGCCUGCCCGUUAAUGCUCAGGAGCCUGAGGCCAGCCUGGGCUACGUGAGAAGACCCAGCAGGCACAGCAGCAUGUGGGAGCUGUGACGUGAGGACGGCCAGCUCAAGCCCCAGCCCCAAGACCCCGCUGUAAAGGACCUGAGUUCCAGAGAGAGAUGAUAAUCUUUCAUCCCAAGUAAUAAACUUUUCCCAUCCCCCUUGCUGUCAUCA